AUGGUGUGGGGUGGCAUUUCUUUGGGGGGCCGCACAGCCCUCCAUGUGCUCGCCAGAGGUAGCCUGACUGCCAUUAGGUACCGAGAUGAGAUCCUCAGACCCAUUGUGAGACCAUAUGCUGGUGCGGUUGGCCCUGGGUUCCUCCUAAUGCAAGACAAUGCUAGACCUCAUGUGGCUGGAGUGUGUCAGCAGUUCCUGCAAGACGAAGGCAUUGAUGCUAUGGACUGGCCCGCCCGUUCCCCAGACCUGAAUCCAAUUGAGCACAUCUGGGACAUCAUGUCUCGCUCCAUCCACCAACGCCACGUUGCACCACAGACUGUCCAGGAGUUGGCGGAUGCUUUAGUCCAGGUCUGGGAGGAGAUCCCUCAGGAGACCAUCCGCCACCUCAUCAGGAGCAUGCCCAGGCGUUGUAGGGAGGUCAUACAGAGUUUCCAGGCCCUGGGUGACCUCCCUGUGUUCACAGACUCAUAUGAUGGACUUGACAUGCUGUCAGAGUUUGUCACUGCAAGGAAAGAUGAAUUGAAAAAUAUGUGUGACAAAGAAAGGAGAGAAUUGUUCGGUCAUUGGGAAGAAAAUCGGUUGUCAAAAAUGCCAAGGAUGCGUGAGAUAAUACCAUUAAGGAAAUACUUUUUGACCAAAUACAAGAACUCCACGGUGGAGGUGGAUCCCAACACAGUAGCUGCAUGUCUCUGCUUGUCUGACAAAAACAGAGAGAUAUCAUGGGGCAAAAGGGACCAGGCUCAUCAUGAUCACCCCGACAGAUUCACCUUCCUUCACCAGGCUCUGUGCAAAAAGGGCCUUAGGGGCAUCCACUACUGGGAGGUGGAGUGGGAUGGUGGCGAUGUCGAUUUGGCAGUGUCGUACAAAGGCAUUGCAAGAAAGGGCUCAUGGAAAGAAUGCGGUUUUGGCCACAAUAAUCUUUCCUGGAAAUUAAACUGCACUUCGUCCGGCUGCACGUUUUGGCACAACAAUCUCUACAGAGGCCGAAUUCCCCCGGUUCUCUCCCGCAGAGUGGGCAUACAUCUGGAUUACAAGGCAGGAACACUGGCCUUCUACAGUGUGUCUGACACGCUGACACAACUGCACCAGGUCAGGACCACCUUCACUGAACGGCUCUAUCCUGGGUUCUCUGUUGAUUUGGGAGCAACACUGAAAAUAUGCAAAAUGUAAACCAGUCUACACAUGUAAACCUGUCUCAAUACAUGAGUUAGAGAUACGUAUGCAUAGAUUAAUACA